AUGGAUUACAAGGUUGCGCCGAAAGACUUUACUAAACUAAUAAUAUUCUGUUAUACGUCCAAUUUAAACUUCGAAUCAAUCGCAAUUGACUACAAGAAGAAUCAGGGACUGUUUGCAAUCAAGAGCUCGUUCGAGGACACUUUAAUCAUAUCUUACUCCGAGCCAUCGUGUCUCAUAACUAGCAACUCUAAGCUGAUAAGAGCUUGUUUGAGUCAGGAAAAGGGCUUAGAGCGUCUGAAUGAUGAGUUUGUGAAAGCGGCGGAGAGAGGGGACUGUCCGGAAGCACAAAGAUUGCUGGGUCUAGGAGCAUCUAUCAAUGCGCGAUGCCUACCUACAGGAAAAUUCAAUAGUGGAGCGGCUGAGGUUUCUAGUGUCGAGGAGAAACGUAAUCGGGAUGGAGAGCUGGAGCUGCGCGUGUCGCUCGUUGGUGCAGACGGGGCUUGGUAUUCAGGUGAUUCUGUGCCUAGAAAAGAGCUUACCAGAACAGCAUUACAAGCAGCGUCUGACGGUGGUCACCAUACGCUGGCAAAGCUGCUGGUGGAUGCGGGGGCCGAGGUUAACGCUCCACCGUCGAGAUCCUAUGGGAGAACAGCGCUACAGGCCGCAGCGGAGGGCGGGCAUCAGGAGAUAGUAAAGAUGCUGAUGGAAGUGGGAGCGGCCGAGGUUAACGCCGCACCGGGGUACCGUUCCGGAAGAACAGCAUUGCAAGCGGCAUCUGACGGUGGUCACCAUACGCUGGCAAAGCUGCUGGUGGAUGCGGGGGCUGAGGUUAACGCCGCACCGGCGAAGUAUGAAGGAAGAACAGCGCUACAGGCGGCAGCGGAAAGCGGGCAUCGGGAGAUAGUAAAGCUGCUGGUGGAUGCGGGGGCCGAGGUUAACGCUCCACCGGCAGAGUCUCAAGGAAGAACAGCGCUACAGGCGGCAGCGGGGGGCGGGCAUCGGGAGAUAGUAAAGCUGCUGGUGGAUGCGGGGGCCGAGGUCAACGCUCCACCGACGGAGUUUAUGAGAACAGCGCUACAGGCGGCAGCGGGCGGCGGGCAUCGGGAGAUAGUAAAGCUGCUGGUGGAUGCGGGGGCCGAGGUUAACGCUCCACCGGCGAAGUAUGGGAGAACAGCGCUACAGGCGGCAGCGGGGGGCGGGCAUCGGGAGAUAGUAAAGCUGCUGGUGGAUGCGGGGGCCGAGGUCAACGCUCCACCGGCGGAUUUUAUGAGAACAGCGCUACAGGCGGCAGCGGGGGGCGGGCAUCGGGAGAUAGUAAAGCUGCUGAUAGAUGCGGGGGCCGAGGUUAACGCUCCACCGGCGGAGUAUGAAGGAAGAACAGCGCUACAGGCGGCAGCGGGGGGCGGGCAUCGGGAGAUAGUAAAGCUGCUGAUAGAUGCGGGGGCCGAGGUUAACGCCGCACCGGCGAAGUAUGAAGGAAGAACAGCGCUACAGGCGGCAGCGGAAAGCGGGCAUCGGGAGAUAGUAAAGCUGCUGGUGGAUGCGGGGGCCGAGGUUAACGCCGCACCGGCGAAGUAUGGAGGAAGAACAGCGCUACAGGCGGCAGCGGAAAGCGGGCAUCGGGAGAUAGUAAAGCUGCUGGUGGAUGCGGGGGCCGAGGUUAACGCUCCACCGGCGAAGUAUGGGAGAACAGCGCUACAGGCGGCAGCGGGGGGCGGGCAUCGGGAGAUAGUAAAGCUGCUGGUGGAUGCGGGGGCCGAGGUCAACGCUCCACCGGCGGAUUUUAUGAGAACAGCGCUACAGGCGGCAGCGGGGGGCGGGCAUCGGGAGAUAGUAAAGCUGCUGAUAGAUGCGGGGGCCGAGGUUAACGCUCCACCGGCGGAGUAUGAAGGAAGAACAGCGCUACAGGCGGCAGCGGGGGGCGGGCAUCGGGAGAUAGUAAAGCUGCUGGUGGAUGCGGGGGCCGAGGUUAACGCUCCACCGGCGAAGUAUGGGAGAACAGCGCUACAGGCGGCAGCGGAAAGCGGGCAUCGGGAGAUAGUAAAGCUGCUGGUGGAUGCGGGGGCCGAGGUUAACGCUCCACCGGCGAAGUAUGGGAGAACAGCGCUACAGGCGGCAGCGGAAAGCGGGCAUCGGGAGAUAGUAAAGCUGCUGAUAGAUGCGGGGGCCGAGGUCAACGCUCCACCGACGGAGUUUAUGAGAACAGCGCUACAGGCGGCAGCGGGUGGCGGGCAUCGGGAGAUAGUAAAGCUGCUGAUAGAUGCGGGGGCCGAGGUUAACGCCGCACCGACGGAGUCUCAAGGAAGAACAGCGCUACAGGCGGCAGCGGAAAGCGGGCAUCGGGAGAUAGUAAAGCCGCUGAUAGAUGCGGGGGCCGAGGUUAAUAGAGCGCAGAAUGGUACUAGCUUACUCGUCGAUCUAGUUGGUCGCGGAGUGUGCAUGGACAUACUAGAGCUCUUGCUUCACGCUCCCAAACAAGAUUUAACACUUAGAGAUCGGUUUGGGUUCACGCCACUUCACCAAGCAUUGCGAGAAUGCGACAAAGCUUUACGUCCGAAGGACACAGACACAGACCAGGGGAAAACCGGUAUAAACAUUAAGGAUCACUCGGGAAAAACAGCUUUGGAGACUGCCAUUGAAAUCAAAUCUCUAGCUAUAGUUAAACAACUACUUCUAAGAGGCGCGGAUACCGGGGUUCUAAGGACUGAAGACUUGCGCAACUUACUGGAUUCCGCAACCGUAUCUAAGGUAUCUAAGAUUGGCCUGCGUACUGGGCGAGGAGGAGAGACCCAUGUCAUAGCGGAGGAGAGGGAGGGUGCGAGGCUUGAAUGGCCUCCCAUAAAGGAGUGGAAGUGGAGGUUAGAAUUCGAUCCAUGGAUCAACAUAUCCCUCGGACAGCCUGACGAUAGCACGUACGCGUCAUUCAUGUGGCCGAAUGUUACGGGAACUGAGCAAAAGUCUCUCUUACGAGAUAAUGCGGACCCAUUAAUAUUAGAGAAUACUAUUCGCUUGAAAUGGUGGCUUGGCGAACUCAGCGAAGGCUCAAAUUUCUAUUUGGGAGCCCCUACGAGAGCUAUGAUAACAGGCAUAGGUGUUUCGGAGAAAGAUAAGGUGAAAGGACACGUGAAAGUGGGAGUAAUUGGCUAUUCAUUCAAGUUUAAGAAUCAAAAAGUCGAGAUUUCCUGGAUAAUGGCACACCCCAGCGAAACGGAAUGUGAGCCCAAGUAUGGGCUAUAUCAUCCUAAAGAGUUAUUCCUACGUUCUUUGUUAUACCUAGGAACAGCGAGAUUGAAGUAUCUUUCAAUUCCUUCUCACGGGGUGGAGUUUGCUACGUUGUUCCUUGAUGACAUUCAUAGGAGAUGGCUCAAACUUCUCGAAAGUGCCAAGGUACAUCUUGCAGAGUUUCGCGACAAGCAGUUGGUGGAAGGGGGGAGGAAUCCUACUGUCAUCCAAUGUCUCCUGGAAGACAGUCAGCAGUGGAACAAGCUUCGUUCAAGCUUGAAACUGCAUAUAUCGAAAUCGCGGGAAUUUUGGAACACGUUCAAGGAGCAUGAGGCUUUAUUCAUGGAAUUGGCGGAAUCGAACGACGAUAGUGCUAGGAUCAGCAAUUUUUUGGGCGGUCACGCGGAGAAUUCAAAUAUAGGAGAACUCGAGGCGAUGGUGAAACUUUCAAGAAAGAUUGAACUUAUAGAAGGGUGUAUGAGCGAAAUAGACGAGCUGAAAGGAGAAACAAAGGAGAUGAUUGAGCUUGAGUUCAAUUUGGUCUCUAUAUAUGAGGCUCGGAAAUCCAUUGAAAUGUCGGAGGUCUCAAACAAAAUGGCCGAGAGAUCUCUAGAAAUGGCGGCGCUCUCAAUCAAGAUGACAGAGGAAUCGAAUAAAAUGACAAAGGAGUCAAACAAAAUGUCUCAAAGAUCUAACGAAAUGUCGGAGCUUUCAAUCCAGAUGUCACAGGACUCAAUUAAAAUGGCAAAGCACUCUAAUAGCCUUUCAUUGAGUAUGAAAAGACUUAGUUGGAUUACAUUUAUAUUCCUCCCUUUGACCUUUGUUUCUGGGCUGUUUGGAAUGAACCUAGAUAUUCUAGCAAAUAACCCGAGCUGGACUUGGUAUUUUGUUAUUGCCGGUCCAGUUUUGGCUCUGAUCUUCGUGGUCUGGAUUAUGUUCAAAUAUGUUCCGAUCUCCCACUGGAUUGAGAAGAAUAUAGGAUCACAAUUGGAAGCGUUACUCGUUGGUGACCGGGCAGAGCCUACCACAGCAAACGCGGAACCUGUAAAUCACUCGGGACUUAGCACUUCGGGCGAAGUUUCUCCUAGAGGAUCGUCGUUAAGGAUGAGAUUGAUUCCGACGCGCGAAAAGAAGAGACCAGAUGACACAAAGCAAGGCACGAUGCCAGCUCCUCCCAAGGUAGAGACUAGCGAACAAGUUAGUCAAGGGAUCCUAUUUAAGAGAAGGCAAUAA